GAAGAGGGCCGGCAGCGGAGCGAGCGAGCUGGCUGGAGGAGGGGGCGGCGAACUUCCAGGGAGAAGGGGCUCUUUCUGCGCCAGGGCUGGAGAAAGAGCUGCCGCCGCCGUGUGCUUCGACUCCAGGCAGCUGCUCGCUCCGCUCGCAGCGCUCGGAAAGUAACGUUAUUUAUUUGCUUGCGUUCAGCCUCUUGGGUUGGACCCGAUAGACACCCCUCGGACUUUGGGAGCUCGCGUCCGACCUCUCCAGGCCCUACCCUGCCCUUGCGGGCGGCUCCCCGGAAUACACGUACAUCCCCCCCCACCCCGGCGCCCCCUUCCUGCGCCGGGACCCAGUUAGGGGUGGGCCCUCACCCGGGCGCUAGAAAGUCCCCCAAGGCGGGAGCAGGGGAGGGCAGAGGGGCGGGGAAGGUUCUAGCGCUCUCGGCUCUCAUUGCAAAGCGCGCUCUCCCUUCCAGGUUGGGUCAGACCUGAACCCCUAAAAGCGGAACCGCCUCCCACCCUCGCGCCAGCCGCCCGCGGGGAGCUGAGUCGGCGGCGGCGGUAGCGGCAGACGGACCCGGGAGUUUCCUCUCGCACUGGAUGGAGCUGAACUUUGGGCGGCCAGAGCAGCGCGGCCGUCCGGGGAUCGCUGUAUGCUGAGCUCCCUCGGCGAGACCCAGCGGCGGCUCGGGAUUUUUGGGGGGGCGGGGACCAGCUGCGCGCCGGCACCAUGUUCCUGGCGACCUUGUACUUCGCGCUGCCGCUCCUGGACGUGCUCCUGUCGGCCGAGGUGAGCGGCGGGGACCGCCUGGACUGUGUGAAAGCCAGCGAUCAGUGCCUGAAGGAGCAGAGCUGCAGCACCAAGUACCGCACGCUGAGGCAGUGCGUGGCCGGCAAGGAGACCAACUUCAGCCUGACGUCGGGCCUGGAGGCCAAGGACGAGUGCCGCAGUGCCAUGGAGGCCCUCAAGCAGAAGUCUCUCUACAACUGCCGCUGCAAGCGGGGUAUGAAGAAGGAGAAGAACUGCCUGCGCAUCUACUGGAGCAUGUACCAGAGCCUGCAGGGAAAUGAUCUGCUUGAAGAUUCCCCUUACGAGCCAGUUAACAGCAGAUUGUCUGAUAUAUUCCGGGUGGUCCCAUUCAUACCAGUGGAGCACGUUCCCAAGGGAAACAACUGCCUGGACGCCGCCAAGGCCUGUAACCUCGACGACACGUGCAAGAAGUACAGGUCCGCCUACAUCACCCCUUGCACCACCAGCAUGUCCAGCGAGGUCUGCAACCGGCGCAAGUGCCACAAGGCCCUGCGGCAGUUCUUCGACAAGGUUCCGGCCAAGCACAGCUACGGGAUGCUCUUCUGCUCCUGCCGGGACAUCGCGUGCACCGAGCGGAGGCGGCAGACCAUUGUGCCCGUGUGCUCCUACGAGGAGAGGGAGAAGCCCAACUGCCUGAAUUUGCAGGACUCCUGCAAGACGAAUUACAUCUGCAGGUCUCGCCUUGCGGACUUUCUUACCAACUGCCAACCCGAGUCAAGGUCUUCCAGCAGCUGUCUAAAGGAAAACUAUGCUGACUGCCUCCUCGCCUACUCAGGGCUUAUUGGUACGGUCAUGACCCCCAACUACAUAGACUCCAGUAGCCUCAGCGUGGCUCCAUGGUGUGACUGCAGCAACAGUGGGAAUGAUAUAGAAGAAUGCUUGAAAUUUUUGAACUUCUUCAAGGACAAUACUUGUCUUAAAAAUGCAAUUCAAGCCUUUGGUAAUGGUUCUGAUGUGACCGUGUGGCAGCCAGCCCUCCCAGUUCAGACCACCACUGUCACCACCACCACAGCCUUCCGGGCCAAGAACAAGCCCCUGGCGCCAGCAGGGUCUGAGAAUGAAAUCCCCACUCAUGUUUUACCACCUUGUGCAAAUUUGCAGGCACAGAAGCUGAAAUCCAAUGUGUCCGGCAGUACACACCUCUGUCUUUCUGAUCGUGAUUACGAAAAGAAUGGGCUCGCUGGUCCCUCCAGCCACAUAACCACAAAAUCAAUGGCUGCUCCUUCAAGCUGCGGUCUGAGCCCACUGCUGGUUCUGGUGGUAACCACCCUGUCCACCUUAUUAUCUUUAUCUUUGGCAGAAACAUCGUAGCUGCAUUUAAACAACAGUUUGGACAUGUAAAAAGACAAAAAACCGAGCUGUUUCCUGUCCUCUUGUAUAUCUGAAAUUCCAGUUUUAGGAGCUCAAUUGAGACACUGCGAAAACAGUUUCAUCCAACUGGAACUUUUUCUUUGUUUCUUCUUUGUUUGUUUUUUCUUUUUUUCCUUUUUUUUUUUUUAAGAAAUCUUCUUGUGAUCCUUAGGGCUUCUAUGGGCUACCCGAUACAGUCCUACAUUCCAUAUUGAAAAGGCUUUGGGGCCUGCUGUGUUGUCAAGGGGCAGCGUGUAAAUUUGGCUGUAAAACCAACUGGGCCCAUGUUUGACAUGAUGAGGAUAGGGAUGAUUUUAACAAUUUAACUCUGGCCUUUCCUAGCAAAGCAAGGACUUAGUAUUUCUAAAGAAUCUUCCACAUCUCCUGUAAUGGUUUUGGUUUCUGAUGACGUCACUUUAGCCCAACAUGGGUGGGUGCAAGCUUAUUUUGUCACAAAUCAAAGAUUCUCAUCCAGAGGAUCUUGAUGGACUUAGUACAAACAAGCUUGCGCCAAUGUUCACCUUUCUCUAUGUACUGGCAUUUUCCACACUGUGUACUGUGAAGAGUUCUACACUCUCCUACCAAACAAAGGACACCUGUCCCAUCCAAAUGUAGUGUCUGUCUUCUAGACAGAAUAGAGGGGGCGAGUGUGCUUGAAACUCCACAGUACCUUGAUCACUGAACGACACUCUCCCAAGCCUUACAUGAGGGAGAAGCCCUUUAACUAACCAGAGUCAAAUACGGCUGACAUGUACUCUAAUACUCUUUACACGUAUGAGGUUAUAUGUAGAAAAAAAAAUUUUACUACUAAAUGAUUUCAACUAUUGGCUUUCUAUAUUUUGAAAGUAAUGAUAUUGUCUUCAUUUUUUACUGAUGAUUUAAUACAAAAUACAUGGAGCUCGUUUUCCUCUCGUAAGUAGUGUUAGCUCCAAUAUUAACUUCACGAAGACAGCUUUUCAAAAAGCAGACUCUGAGGGGCCUCAUGCUUUAGCAGAAAGCUCUGCAUCAUGUAACUGUGGACAGGCAGGAGGCAACAGAGCAGCUGAGUGUUGUCUUUUAUCACUUCUUGGAAUGCAAGUGUGCACACCUGUGAGGAAACUGGCGGCCACUCGUAAAUGCUCUGCAACAGCCAGUGGCCCCUGUGCCAGUUGACCUAAUCCGGUACCUUGGUUUCCAGGUUACUUGACAAAGGCAGGUUUGACUGGGCCGGGGGACAGGAACAUGCCACCCUCUCUUCUGAAGCAGAUCCAUGCCAGGGCACACAGUUGUUUUCCUAACAGUUGUCUUGACUCUCAAUGGUGAUGACCAGGCCACUCUUUAGAGGGAUUUGGUCUGAAGGUCGUCAGGAAUCUACACGCAUCUUGUUAUGUGUCCUCCAUGACAGACUGUGACUGACUCUGUGGAAAGAAAGGCUUGUGGGUCAGGAGGACCAACAAUAGGCCUGUAGAGAUGAGCUGGCCAGCGAAGAUACGUGGACCAGAACAGGACUCUGGAAACGAGGCAUCUGGCUUGUUCACUGCACAUCACCUUCCAUCAUUCUCGUCCUUAAACAAGUAGACCCCUGAAGUGCACUUUUGAAGUCUGGUUGAUGGUGACAUUCAGAAUCUACAGUGAUAGAGUGCUGGGAGCCAUGCUUCUCCAACACUGAGUAGAGAAGAGGAGAAUCCACCUGAAUAGAGUGCUGGGAGCCAUGCUUCUCCAACACUGAGUAGAGAAGAGGAGAGUGCUGGGAGCAUUACUUCUCCCCACAUCAGUAGAGGGGCUGGAGGAGGGACCCAAGGUGCACAGUUCAUACUGAUCCCCUUUGCCCGCUGAGGUUUGCCUUGUAAGAAUUAAUCAAAUCACUGGGGUGGGAAAUCUAUUCAAUCCAAGAUAAAGGCAUAGUCUUUUAGCUCUAUUGGUGUUUGAAGUACAUUUAUAUCCAAAUGUUAAUAAACAUAAAUGUGUAAUACUAAGUACCGUGUUUUUUCCGUUCAAAAUGUUUUCAAGGAAAAUUCGUCAAACAAAUUUGAUUAGUGAAAGGUUUCGUAAAGACUCUUACUUUGAAUAAACACAUUAAAUGUGUCGAAACAUUUGGAAUUCCAGUCCUCUAUGAAAGCAUAUCUCUUAUCAUAUUUUGUUUUGAUUAAGGUAUCUCUGUCCAGGUAUCUACCCUGGACUAAUUGCAUCUGGGUCUGAUUCUAUGUGAUCUACUGUAGAAAGCUAUUGAUUCCUUCUGCAGUAAACAGUGGCUGUAAUUAGCUUCAGAUGACCGAAGAGGAAAUAGGAGUUAUCAGAGCUAACAAGGGUAGCCUUCGGUGAGGAACACAGGGAUGUGCAACCCAUAAAUUAAAUUUGGGAAAGCCUCAUCGAUCACCAACAAAGAUCUCGUUUUUCUUCACAGAUAGAAGCAUAUUAGAGUUACCAAAUUCUAAAUUUGAAAAUAAAUUACUGAUGAAAUAAACAGGGGAAAGGAUAUUCAAUGACAACACGUUAGAGAGAUUCUUACAAAUUCAUGGCAAGCAGGUGUUUCUGCCAUUCCGUGUAAGUCCCAAUUUAACACGUUGGACCCGAAACACCAUCACUUGCCCCAGGACUAAAGCAGACAAGUGACUUAAAUCUUUGACUCCCGUGUGCAGCAGUGCUGACAGCAAAAAUGAUUACUUCCUGCCCCUCAGUCCCUGCAUUUGGGGUACCGCCAUCUGCUGGGGUUUGGGCCUCUUGCGGAAAGCAUCUCAUUUUAGCUGAUUUUGACAACACAAAAACAGUAACUUAGGUCCAUGUGGACCCAUGACUCCCACGUCAAGUCUAGCCAUGCCCUGCUGCUUAUUUGAGAGAAUGAAAAAAAGGGCACUACUGCCAAACUGAUUGGAAGCACAUUCAUUCCAUGUUGAUGUUGAAUAUCUUUGGCCAAUAUCUGUUUGAGUAUCUUUUUAAUAGAGCACAUGAAGGAAGAAGUGCACAAUAAAGAGAAGUAUUCAGAAUGCCACUUCCAUGUUUAUUUUUCCAUAUCUGAUUUUUUCAAGCCCCGAGAGCGUAAGUUGAGAAGUACGCAGAUUAUUUUUUAUCAAGUAUAGCGAACUGUAUCCAGAGUAUAAUAGGAGUGUGGUUUUCAUUUAAAAAAAAAAUUAUUUAACAAUUCUUUAUCCUGUAGUAAAAAAUGUCUUAGAAGCUAUCUUUGAAUUAAUCAAAUAUGGGACAGGGUUUCUCCAGGCUUCUGUGGCCUUUGAUUUGGUCUAUAUGAAAACUGUUGCUAUCAUGCCUACGCUCCAAGGAUGGGUCCUCUCCAGCUGCAUCCUGUCGCCCACCUGUCCCUUUGUACUCUAUCUAAAGUAGACACUCCUAAACACUCCAUCUGCUGAACUAGGAAGGGAGGAGAGCAGAAGCAUUUUUGAGUCAGUGUUAAGUGCUUGUUGGGAAAAGAGAUGUAAAAGCAGUGGGAGUUUGUAUAAUUAGCAAAUUCUUUUCUUAGAAUCUAGCAAAAAUGUAUUUCUGUUGUUACUAUUUACAAAAUAGUGGCCUUGGAGGAGCUGUCAUUUGGAAAAUAAAUUUUCAUUCAUGUAGUCCGACAUGCAUCACUUAUUUGAGUCAAUGAACUGUAGACCAGAAAAGGGCUGCUUAAAUGAACUCGCAUUUUCUAAUUCCCCUUCAAUGCUGUUCCUGAUCUCUUGGAUUCAUACCCCUGUGAUCUUUGUGGCUUCUACUCUUUGAUAAAGCAGAUGAGACCAUGGGAGACCCAUCUUUUCGAGAAAGACCAAAAAGCAAUGGCAACAGAUGGGCACGAAUUGCCAAGGGUUUGGGUACAGGGAUGAUAGAAGGACCUGUCUGCCCUGAACUCAGGGAGUUUGGAAAGAUGGAGCAAAAUCAAGGUGCAGCACGAGGCCAGGUGCCAGGGGUGAAUGGGUCAUGCGGUCCACUGAUGUUCCUUCCUGAUCCAACUAGGAACCUUGUCCUCACAAGAAUAGCCAGAGUCCCUUGAAUUAGACAGUAGUGCCUUUGUGGAAAACAAGCCAGAGCUAAUAUCUGGACAACAUUGGAAGAAAUUUCUUUUUAGAGAUUCUAAAACUGUAGAACAGCUGAGAAUUCAGUUGGAAACCCUUAGAAGCUACGUUUUCUUCUUAUCCCUAAGAUAGGCAUCUCAUGUGUGUAUCUGACACUUCUUGACCCAGUUCUUCUUCUCCAGUGACCGUUUGUUCUAAAUCUGUUAUCUAGAAUUCUUCUUGAGGACUAUAUGUCUGAACACAUUCUCCCGGCAGAAGCUUUAAAUCUGUGGGUUUUGCCACUGCCUCCAUCCCGGGGUGUGUUUGAUGGGACAUUUCAUUUCACAAGGGGAGUUGUCUUAAGACAGUGGGCUGACUCUGUUCUCUUUCAUGUCAAUUACUGGUGCCCCAGUGCCCAUUCCUGUUCUUUAUCAUUUCAGUAUUUAACAGGGCCCCUUGCUGUCGAUUCAUUCUAAAUGUCCCACCCAGAUGCCCAUUGUACAUGGAGCUCUGGCUUUUUGAAGACAGAGAAGCCUCUCUCAGGAGUCAGGCGAUCUGAGGGUGAUGAUAAUCCCCCAAGUAGGAAGUUCCUCCAUCCAACCCUCCCCCCUUCUGAGCUCCCUCUUCUUAGCCUUGGGAUGGUCUUGUCUGCUCAUCUUCACCAGGCAUCCCUUUGUUGCUCCCGGUGCUCUCUGAUGAGCUCCACCUCCCUUCCGGGAGAUAGCCUGGGGUUGUUCAGCGGGAGGCGCCACCUGCACUUCUGAUUGUUCUGAGAUCCAGCCCAGACGGGUGGGGGGACGCACAAACCCUGUUUCAGUAAACUGCCUGCAGAGAACCACAGCCUGUUACCAGUCAUUGAGGUCCUCACCCCCUAAGGUCUCCAGACUCAUUUGACCAGCACAGCUGUGACUUGGGCUGUCUGCCCUUGGCAGGUGCCAAUAUCAGCGUCUUGUCCCACUGCCAUGAGGAGUUUAUUUUUGCUCCAGGGCAGCUGUCAAGCCCAGCACCAGCAUCAGUAAAAGGUUUUCUCGGGUUUUCUUCUCUUCAUCCCAGGCCAGGUUUUCUUACCAUGCUCCACUUUCAUUUUAUAGAAAAUACCAGGAUUCUGUCCAGAGACCAUCAGCCCCUUCUUUCAUUUGCACAUCUCUUUGCGGAGCUCCCCCCAGCCUCCCCUAAGAGAAAGCAUGUCCCACAGAAGGUACUUAAACGGUGUUGGGUGAACGAAAAACUUUGGGGCAUCGAAAGGCUUGGUUUUGUAACACGGUAGCAAGGACUUGGUCCAUCCGCAUCGUCUCGCCAGCACUGAGCGCUUGUACACAACAGUAAAGGUGUCCUGAGGUUAUUGAGGGUGACCUGGAAGGAAGUGUCAAAGCAUUAGAAUCAAAGCAGUUUUAAAUCUGCCGACUGUGUUUCCUGCUGAGAGAUGAAAAAUUAGCAUUUGUCCCCAGGAGGAGCUGAGCAUAACCAGCCAGUCCCAGAAAGGAAGGACCCCAGAGGGGGUAAACUGAUUUCAUGGGAAAUUAGCCAGUGAGUCUGCUGGUAUUUUAAUCUGCCUCAAGCACAGGACACUGGCCAGAAAGGUGUACCGCUCCACCAAGCCCAGGCCAAGCCCAGGCCUGUGCCAGCAUCCUGAGAAGCAAACUUAGGCGGUCUUCAAAUCAGCACAUUUACGGAACUCUACUCCAGUUGAGUGAACCCUCAUUCAGGACUGAAACUCCUCCAGGAUUAACUUGAGAAUACAAGGCCUUCUGAAAGCAAUUUAGGGAAACACCCAUCUUUUCUGGAUGGCAGAAUCCUUCACUUUAACAUCCUUCAGAGAAUCUAAAUUCUCUUUGUAAGUCAUCCAAGAAGCCGCUUUCCAGACUCAAGUCUCUAGGAAGUAGUAAGUCUCAAUCAAUAGGCAUACAGCCACCGGCGCAACUCAAGCAAUAUGGAGAAGGCAGACGCACCCAUUCUCAGCUGAAGCCGGGCAGACUGCCACAGGGGACCAAGUGGGGUCACCCUUUGAGGCCUUAGAGGGCUGUGAGCAUGGCUAGGUGGCCAUGCCAAUGGAACUGGCCCAGCUCUCAGGUACCAGCUGGGGCACAGGUGGGACUGGGAGAUACCAGAGCUGCUAGACUAGAGGAGGAAAGCCGAUAGCAGUGUUCAUUCACACAGCAAAACUUUGAAGUACGCAAAGACCCUUGAUGGCAGCAAAUAUAACACAGAUUAUAAGAGUAAAGUAGGAUAAAGAAUUGGAACAUCCAGGCGAUGCUGCGGGUAGAAGAAAUGAAAGGCUCUUUUGAGCAGGUAAAGGUCUGUCACCUGUCACCGGGCAGGGCAGGACGUCUGGCCCUUACAGCCCCAUCACAAAAACUCCUUUCCUCUCUCUGUGUCACAGCUUCUCCAGGGCUGUGUGAUCUGGCAUUAUCCUCCUGGUAUGCAGAGCGUGCUUGAUCUGGAAUCUGGCUUUUUAUUUUUUAGCUUUAGCUGAAAGCAUUUCUGAAAUGUGGGAAAAGGAACGGGGACUGCAGAACCCACUCACGGAUCGCCCUGCCUUAUUUGGCUGUGAUCUUCUAGUAAUGAGACUUUUCUGGAUUCAGAAAUAGCUGAUUGUCCUCAGAGGGUUGAAGAAAUGGUUUCAGAAACCUGAAAUCCAGGGCCUUAUAUUUCUUCUAAUUAUCUCUUCUUUUCUCUUCUCUCUCUUUCUCCCCUAAGGGAGGAGGGGGAAUGCUUUUCACCACAGAGUUUUCUUUAAAGAGUUUUCUCCUCUCCUGUGCAUUAUCCCUUAGAUAUUGAAAUUAUUUUCUCUUGUUUAAUCCGCCUCCUGCGGAGAAACUGUGUGAGAUUCCGGAUGUGGGCUUUUGGGUUGUAUUCUUUUAGAUGGUGUUGCACUUUUACUUUUAACCCGAGGGUAUGUCUCCGCUUCUGUUCCUUCUGUUUCAUGUAAGUUAACCAUUCAGGUUGAAUAGAAUAAGGAUUCUGGUUUUUAGGAUGGUUUUAGACUUCUGUCCUGGGAGAGGGGGGUCAGACACCCAGCCUCAUCAGAGCUGGGGUGAGGGGUGUAGUGAGCUUCAUAGAAGCCUCCAGUUAGGAGAGGAUCCAGAUGAGCGACUUCCCUCCUGGUCUCCAUUUGACACCAUGUGUUUCCUGAGUUUCCCACUCGUACAAGAUAAUACAUGUAUCUCAUUGCCAUGUGUAUCUGCUUUCCUGCGGCACCGGUGCAUUCUCCUGGGCCAUCCCCACAUGGCUUCCUCACACUACCAACACCCGUGGAAGAACACCUACAUAUAGAAGUAUAAGUUUUGCUCUUUGGACUUUGGAAGUGGUUUUGUGAUGUUUGAAUUUUCUGUUAACAUAUUGCUCAAGCAUUACAGAAUGUACGUAUGUAGUCUGUUCAGCCAUCCUCCACCCCAGAA